UUAGACUUCGGGUAACCACAGAUAACCAACGGCCGCCAGUGGUUAUAGAUGGUCGUCGUGGAUGUCGGAAUAAGUAUUUGAAAAAAAAGUGCGUUGCGCUUGAUUUUGUGAUCAAACAAAAAAAAAAGAGAAACUUGUGUUAAUUUAAAUUUAUAAUUAAAACUAAAUAUAAACAAACCAACAAUUAUAAAUUUGAAAACGUGCGGGAAGUGUACUCCAAAAAAAAGAUCACAAUGAAGGACCAUCACCAUCCCUCAGCCAUUAUAGGCUUAUAUUUAGCGACUAUCUGUCUACUUUUGACUGUAGCUAAUGCUUAUACGCACUACCGUCUACCCACAUCCAUACAGCCAGAUCGCUAUAAACUUAAGGUCAUAACACAUUUGGAAAAUCCCGCUAAUCUAACAUUCAAUGGACAAGUAUCAAUUCGAUUCCUGGUUUUGGAGGAUACCAAAAAUAUAACUCUACAUGUGCAAAACUUAACAAUCGAUGAGUCGCGCAUACAGUUGAAGAGAUAUGCCAAUAAGAAAAUUCAAUUAUGCACCGAAGGAACUCAAACUGUGUCCGAGCAGGAUUACUACAUAAUACACUUACAUGAGACCUUGCGCAAGGGGGAGAUGUAUAAAAUCAAAUUGUUCUUCUCGGGAAUUUUAAAUGAGAAAUUACAUGGCUACUAUCGUAGUUCCUAUGUGGCCAAGGACACCAAUGAGACCAAAUGGCUCUCGGUAACUCAAUUUGAGCCCGCUUCAGCUCGUGCUGCUUUCCCUUGCCUGGAUGAACCAAAUUACAAGGCUAAAUUCGUUAUAUGGCUGGGCCAUCAUAAAUCUUUAACGGCAUUGAGUAACAUGCCUUUGGAAAAACAGAUUCCUGUAAAUGGCAUUAACGACUUUGUUUGGAGUAUUUUCGAAGAGUCCGUUCCCAUGUCCACCUAUUUAGUGGCCUACACUGUCAAUGAUUUUACCUACAAAGAAUCAAAGGUUGAAGGUUCAGAUGUUGUAUUCCGCACCUGGUCCAGAGGUGGAUACAUCGACCAAUGUGACUUUGCGUCGGAAGUGGGUCCCAAUGUUCUUAAAUACUAUGAGGAAAUAUUCGGCAUACCGUUCCCCUUAAAAAAGGUCGAUGAAAUAGCCAUUCCUGACUUUAGUGCUGGUGCUAUGGAAAAUUGGGGACUCAUUACCUACCGAGAGACUGCAUUGCUGUUUGCCCCCAAUAUCUCGUCGGAGUCAAAUAAGGAGCGCAUUGCCGAAGUUAUAGCCCACGAAUUGGCUCAUCAGUGGUUUGGCAAUCUUGUCACUAUGAAAUGGUGGACUGAUCUAUGGCUUAACGAGGGCUUCGCUACAUACAUUGCCAGCCUGGGUGUACGCAAUUUGAGUCCCGAAUGGGAUUCAUACAAUGCUGAUUCAUUGGAAAACUCCUUAUCGAUAUUCCGCCGCGAUGCGCAACUUAGCAGUCAUCCCAUAUCACAGCCAAUUUUGAAUACCAGUCAAAUCGGAGAACGUUUCGACUCUAUAUCCUAUAAAAAGGGUUCGGCGGUCUUGAGAAUGUUGCACAUGCUGUUGAGUCAGGAUGGAUUCUUUGAAGGUGUGCGCGAUUAUUUGACUAAGCACAAAUAUCAAAAUGCCGAACAAGACGACUUGUGGUCAGCCUUCACAGAGAAGGCCCACAAAUUUAACCGCAUUCAACCGGAAUAUGAUAUGAAGACCAUUAUGGAUUCUUGGACUCUACAAACCGGUUACCCAUUGGUGAAGGUUAAUCGCAAUUAUGAAACGGGAACCAUAGAUAUAACGCAACACCGGUAUUUGGAAAACAAUACCAUAUCCGAGGAGGAAGCCAAAAAAUGCUGGUGGGUGCCUCUUAGUUAUACCACCAAUAGUGAAUUGGAUUUCGAAACAACAACACCCAAAAAAUGGUUGGAAUGUGAUGGGUCUGGUAAAAGUGUACCUCUGCAGUUGCAAAAUGUCGCAGCUGCCAAUGAAUGGAUUAUUUUUAACAUUCAAUUAUCGGGGGUCUAUCGCGUCAUGUACGAUUUCGAUAAUUGGAAAUUAUUAAAUGCUACUUUUAAUAGUGAUAAGUAUGAUACCAUUCAUGUCAUGAAUCGUGCCCACAUACUCGAUGAUGUCAUAUCGUUUGCCUGGAGUGGUUAUCAGGACUAUGACAUUGCCUUCGAUAUUAUGGAAUAUUUGACCAAAGAACGUGAAUACUUACCAUGGAAGUCGGCACUGGAUGGUUUGAGCAAUGUGAUUCGUCUUCUGAGACCUUUCCCGGAACAGCAUGCUUAUAUAAAGACUUAUCUUCGCUAUAUUAUUCAACCGAUUUAUUUCAAUUUGGAUGGCUUGAACAACACCAUCGAAACAAGUAAAUCACAUUCGCAAAUAUUACUCAAAUCCCUGGUAACAGGUUGGGCAUGUCGCAUCGAACUGGAAGAUUGCGUACGAACGGCCAUUAAUUACUUCCAACAAUGGAAAUUAUCGAAAAAUCCAGAUACCGAAAAUAGUAUUCCCGCUGAUUUGAGACCCACAGUUUAUUGUACAGCUAUACGGCAUGGCGACAAAGAUGAUUGGGAUUUCUUGUGGCAACGUUAUAAGGCCUCAAAUGUGGCCACCGAAAAGAGAACUAUUAUAGUGUCUUUGGGUUGCUCGCGUAACGAUAAGGUGCUUAGGGACUACAUCGACUUGACGUUCGAUAAGGCAGAAUAUAUACGCAAACAGGAUGUAACCUUUGCUUUUAGUUCCAUAGCACGCAGCGAGGUUGGUGCUCCCAUUGCUAGGAGUUAUUAUGCCGAAAAUAUUGCCCAUUUGCAUGAGUUCUUUGGUACACAGUCCACAGAUAUUGGUAAACUCUUGGUAGCUUUGUCCAAUCAAAUCAUUACCACUGAAGAACUCAAUAAGCUUACCCAGUUGGUGGAAGCCAAUAAACAAUAUUUUGAAAAGUCUGAAAAAAGUGUUCAGUCGGCCUAUGAAACGAUCAAUUUCAAUAUUCAAUGGAUCGGUCGCAACGUUCAGGACAUGAAAACUCGCCUACAUGAUCGUUUAUCCCUAAUGGGUCUGUUGAAGGAUAUUGUCGGUGAAUAAAUUUGCAAUCAAACUCGAAGGAUGUUUUAUGCUUAAACUUUUCCAGUUAAUUUUAUUGUAUUAAGGACUUGUUUUUUUUUUAUAUAUUGAAAAUUUUUGAUGUUGUUGAACUUCAGAGAUGUAGUAGCUAUAAUCAGCUAUUAGCAAAUAUUUACAAUGCUAAGCAUUCUCGCCCAUUUCUUUUUCUGUUAAAAUCAUCGGCCCAUAGUGAUUGUGAUGGAAUGAAUAAAUCAUCUCUAUUUAUAUACAAAUAAAUAACUAUACAACAAAUUUUAA